AAGUGCAAAACCACUUCAAUAGUUCUAUCCAACUUUUCCACUCUCACUCUUUUGAUGAUGGAGACUCAAAAAUCUUUCUUAGCUUCCAAAUUUUCGUCUUUGUUGAUUUUCUUCCUUAUUAUCACUUCCUUGUGUGAAUUAAAUGCAUUAUCAAGUGAUGAGCACAGUGUGAAAGCUCACAAGGGACCUGUGGUGGAAAGGGGUCAAAGGAAGACAUUGUUUGAGACUGAAUAUGGAGAGAUCUCUGCCACUGAUGUCAAAGAUGGACAUAACACACAACACUAUCAUAUUGAGUUCUUUACAUUGGAACCUAACUCUGUGUUUCUUCCUGUGCUUCUACAUGCAGCUAUGCUCUUUUAUGUUCAUACAGGCAGUGGAAAAUUGAGUUGGGCAAAUGAAGACGGUACUAGCACAAUCGAUAUACGUGAAGGAGAUGUAGGAAGUCUCACAGAAGGAUCUGUUUUCUAUAUACACAACAACUUGGAUGACCAAAGGAAGAAACUAAGAAUUUAUGCAAUGUUUACCAAUACUGAUGAUAGCACAUUUGAUCCAUCAAUUGGUGCUUACUCAAGAAUCAAUGAACUAGUCAAAGGCUUUGAUAAGAAAAUCAUCCAAGCAGCUUUUAAGGUGCCGGAGGAUUUGAUUGAGGCAAUCACAAACAAGACUGAGACACCACCUAUAGUGCAUGCAGUUUCAGAAAAGAAACAUAGCACUGUCUUGGAAUUGGAGGCUUCAUUUCUUAAAUACUUUACAGGCAUUGAAUACAACUCCAAGAAUCUGAAAACAUACAACAUCUUUGAUAGUGACCAUGACUUCGAAAAUUGUUAUGGUUGGACCUCAACAGUCACCAAAAAGCAACUAAAACGAUUGAAGAGUAACAACAUUGGAUUUCUCAUGGUGAAUUUGACCAGGGCAUCAAUGUUGGGGCCACAUUGGAAUCCAAUGGCAACAGAAGUAGCAGUGGUGUUGGAAGGGGAAGGAAUGGUAAGAGUGGUAUGUGGAAGCAACAAUGAUGACAAAUGCAAAAACAAGAGGUUUAGAGUUCAGCAAGGAGAUGUUUUUGUGGUGCCUAGGUUUCAUCCAAUGGCUCAAAUGUCAUUUGUUAAUCAGCCACUUGUUUUUAUGGGAUUCAGCACUGCUGCAAAGAAAAAUCAUCCUCAGUUUUUGGCUGGUAAAGAAUCUGUGCUGCAAAUUCUAGACAGAGAGAUAGUUGCUACCUCUUUAGGUGUAAGCAAUACAACCAUUGACAAGCUUUUGGAGAAACCGGAUGAUUCGAUCAUUUUCGAGUGUAAUUCUUGUGCGGAGGAAGAGGAAAGGUUGAUGGAGGAAGAAAAGGAGACGGGAAAGGAGGAGGAAGAUGAAAAGAGAGAGAAAGAAGAAAGGGAGAGGGAAAGAGAAGAAGAGGAGGAAGUUAGAAGAAGGGAGGAAGAAAGGAAAAGAGAGGAAGAAGCAGCUAGAAGACAACAAGAAGAGAGGGAAAGGAGGAGGAGAGAGGAGGAGCAAGAAGAAAGGGAGAGAGAGAAGGAAGGAGAAAAGGAAAGAGAAGAAGAAGAAGAAGAAGCAGCAGCUAGAAGGCAACAAGAGGAGAGGGAAAGGAAAGAGGAGGCAGCUAGGAGAGAGAGGGAGAGGGAAAAAGAGGAAGCUAGGAGAGAAAUGGAAAGGGAAAGGAAAAGAAGAGAAAAGGAAGUAGAGAGGGAGAAAGAAAGGAAAAGGCAAGAGGCAGAGAGUGAGGAAGAAGCAGCUAGAAGGCAACAAGAGGAGAGGGAAAGAAAACGAGAAGAGAAGGAAGCUAGGAGAAGAAAAGAAAGAGGGCAAGAAGGGAGAAGUAAAGAAGAAGAAGAAGAAGAAGAAGCAGAGGGGGAGGAAGAAGCAGCAAGAAGACAACAAGAGAAGAGAGAAAGGAGGAGAGAAGAGGGUGAAGCUAGGACUGAGGAAGAAAGAAGAGAAGAAGGGCGCGAAGAAGAGGGUGAGACCGAGAGCGAGACAGGAGGAGGAUGGAGGCAACCAAAGAGGGGAGACACGGGAAGAAGAAGCAGAGGAGGAACAGAAUGGGAAGAAGAAGCAGCAGCCAGAAGACAGCAAGAAGAAAGGGAGAGAAGGAGAAAGCAAGGCGGUUGGAGUAGCUAUGAAGGAAGGAGAGUUCUGAAGAUGCGUAGGAAUGUGUGAUUUGUGUCUUAACUUUCAAGGGGGUUCCCUACUUAUAUGUUGUGUAUUAAAAUAAUAAGUUGUUUUUUAUGCAUAUGUUUCUAUCUAUGUUUUAGGCUUGUUUGGUACAGAAGUUGAAGGUUUCUGUUUCAUGAAGUUUGCUUAGCACUAAUGUAGCUGUAUUAAUUAGAAUAAGAACUACUGUUAGGCACUCAUGUGUAUUUUAAUAAGAACCUUCAACCUUCAAUCUUUUUGUUAUGCUAUGUAAUCUCUGUUUUCUGCUAGCUUGUAACAAAGUUGAAGAUCUAUGACUAAGUUUUAUGGAGUUUAUUGGAUAGUA